AACAAUUGUUGUUGAGAUGCUGACUUGAAGAGCCGGCCUUAAGCGACACACAAUUAUUAUUUAAAAACAUUGUCGCGGUGACGCAAAGGUUUCAAAUGAACAGUGGACUGGUUAGGUUAUAGAGAGAUGCAUGAGUAGUGCGUGUGCGCCUGGUGGUUAUGCUACUAAUGACAGCGUGAUGCAUUUAUGCGAGCUUGCAGUCGCCGCCUCCGGACAGAGCCGUUGUAGAAGAAGAUGCUGAAUCAGCUGCGCGCUCGUGAGAUAGACUACCCCGGAUAGGCUAUGUCUCCUUUUCCAAUUUCACAAAUUUCUCCCUUGCUUCUGACAAUAGAAGACGAUACAUUGGCACAGCGUUGGGAACAGUUUAUUAUUACAUUUUGCUGCUGGAAAUAAAUAGGCUGCCUGUCUAGAGAGAUGUGCAUCGCUCCAAAGGAGACAUCAAGUUUGACAACUGUAACCAUCUAGGCUACGAUGAAGCAGGUUGCACGAGGAGUUAGAGCAUUUGGUUUGGCUGGAGACUUUAUGUUACCGCUUAUAUCAAUGGCAUGACUAUUUCACCACGCACAAUGGAGGAUAAAUCCAACAAACUAAUUUUGAUUCCGAUACUGGCCGUGGUCUUCUUGAUGAUAGGCUAUCAGUACAUUUGUUCAGCCGGCAGUAACUCUUGUCGCUUUCUAACUGGGGACAAGUUGAGUGGAAUGUUCCGCCAAUAUCACUCGGGGGACGACAUUUACGCGUACCAAGAUGGGCUGGACGAGGAGGGUUCCUCAAAAAUUCUGUCUAAAUUCAAUUUUACUGACCGAGACCUUGAGCGACACGUGGAUUUCAACAUCAAAGGAGAUGACGUUAUAGUGUUCCUCCACAUCCAGAAAACCGGUGGGACUACUUUCGGACGGCACCUUGUCCGAAACAUUCACCUCGAACAGCCCUGUGAUUGUAUGCCCGGACAGAAGAAAUGUACCUGUCACCGCCCGGGCAAAGCGGAGUCCUGGCUUUUCUCCAGGUUCUCUACUGGCUGGAGUUGUGGUCUCCAUGCGGACUGGACCGAGCUCACUAACUGCGUGCCUGCAGUGAUGAACAAGAAAAGCAAGAAGGAUGCUCAGAGGAACGGACGGAACUUCUACUACAUCACCAUGCUAAGGGACCCUGUCUCCCGCUACCUGAGCGAGUGGAAGCACGUGCAGCGCGGCGCCACCUGGAAGACAGCCCUGCACAUGUGUGACGGCCGCUCUCCCACCCAGGACGAACUGCCCGCCUGCUACAGUGGCGACGACUGGACCGGGGUCACGCUGACCAACUUCAUGGACUGUCCUUCCAACCUGGCCAACAACCGGCAGGUCCGCAUGCUGGCCGACCUCAGCCUGGUGGGCUGCUACAACGUCUCCACCUUCACCGCCGGCGCCGAACGGGAGCGCGGCCGCGUCCUACUAGCCAGUGCCAAGAACAACCUCCGCAACAUGGCCUUCUACGGCCUGACCGAGUUCCAGCGCAAGACGCAGUACCUGUUUGAGCGGACGUUCGGCCUGCGCUUCAUCCAGGCUUUCACGCAGAUCAACAGCACGCGGGCGGCCAGCGUGGGGGUGGGGGAGGGGGCUCUGCGGCGGCGCAUCGAGGGGCUCAACGCCCUGGACGUGGAGCUGUACGAGUACGCCAAGGAGCUGUUCCUCCGGAGGUACCAGUACAGCCGCCAGACACAGCACCGGGAGCAGAGGCUGAGGAGGAGGCAGGAGAGGCAGGAGGAGAGGCAGCGGCUACACCAGCACACAGCCUCUAUCUCCAAAGCCAGGAGGGAGGAGGAGGAGAGGGAGAUAGAGGGGGUGGAAGGGGAAGAGGUGAGAGGUGUAGCCACCACAGAGGACUACAGCAGCCAGGUGGUGAGAUGGUGAGGCCGUAACAUCCAUGUAAGGACUAGUACUUCCUGUCAGUUUCUCUCUCUCUCUGCCUUGGGCUGCCCAAUGGUGUCUUAAUCUUUCAGAUGGAUGUAUUUAUUAUUACUAUGUAUUAUGAUGUGGUAAACUUUAGUUUCUCCUCUCAUGCAGAGUUUAUUGUGUGUUCAUUUUCUAAUGCUUGUCUGUUCUUCAAAGUUGCUGAACAACUCUAGGACUGUACGUAAAUAAAAUGAGCGCCUCAGGA